ACCAGGGCUUGGCUUCAUUUGGCCCAGUACCUGACAUAAGGGCAAAGAGGCAAUUUCCUCAAUUCCCCAAUCUCCCAAACCCUAGCUGAGCUGCGGGUCGCCAGCCUCUCGUCUACCGUUCUCAAUUCGGGCGCUCGAUUACUGGGUUCGCCUCGCGCCGAUCUCACCUGUUGUUCAGACAUGAAGCCUUGCAAGCAGAUCGCAUCCAUGGGAGCCGCCGCCACGGACGAGGCCGACAGCAGGGUGGCAGCGAUGAGCGAUGCAAUCCAAUCGAGGAAGGGGAAGAAGGCCAAGGGCAAGUUGGCGGUGAAGAGCAAUGGAGCGGAGAAGCCCAAGACCCAUGACUUUUCCGAUGUUUCACGCUUGCUGGGCGUGAUGAACAUUGCAGAGGAAAAGUCAGAGGAUGAAUCGCUCGCCCUGUUCAUCUACCAGGACCAAUUUUGGAUGCAGAACUUCAAAGGCGUCUAUGACAAGCCGUCCGUAGAUGCUAUUCGUAAGGUAGCUGCUGAAAACUGGAAAUUCUUUAACGAUUCGGACAAGGCCCCUUAUGUAGCCAGGGCACGCAUUAACAAAAUAUUCAUGGCUGAGGCAGUCGCUAAGGUUCACGAGUUAAAGAAGACACUGAAGUUGACGCACCUGAUGACGAACAAGAUGAUGAAUCUGAAAAUGUGAACACACAAGAUCUCUGAUGUGUUUGAAUAGCAGAAUUAUUCAUGUGUGAGCAACAGAGUAUGGACAUGAUGCCAGGCUGAACACAACUUUGUUUUCUUGCAGAAAUGUCUCUGUAGAUCACGCAAUUACUGCAACAAACUCCACAACCUGAUUCUAUCUGGGCCGGCACAUGUAGGGUUCAGAUGUGUGCGGUUCAAGCUGCCAUAUGACAUAUUAAAUAUGUUUGUGCUCCUGGCUUAUGUUGAAACUCUUUUUUUGCAUAUUGUGAUAUUUGCUUUGUAAUGUUGAAUGGCCGUUUAGUUAUUUCACUGUUAGAACCCUAUUGCAACUCAUUUUUUCGUCAUUUUUGUGUGUUUUUAGGCCGAGUCUUUGUAAUAAAGUAGCGUUUUACUGCUU